GAUUCACGCUCCUGCAUCGAGCGCGCAAAAGCCUGGCCGCCUCGAGUGCUCCGGUGCUCCCCGAUGCCCUCAAGCCGAAACCCGCCCAAAACCCCGGUUGCCCCAAACCCCCAAUCCCUUACCGAUCCCCACCCCAAUGGCCACCGCCACCGAAUCCGGCAGUGCGCCGCCGGUCGACGGCGAAGUGAGACAGCGCGGCCGUCCCCGCGGGAGCGGGCGUGGGCGUGGGCGUGGGCGUGGGCGUGGGCGCGAGCGCUCGCAGAGCGCGAGGCGGAGCAAACGCCCGCGGAAGCCCCGGCCGUGGCGGUCCGCGUCGCCCCCCGCGCUGGAGCCGCUAGUGCCCUUGCCUCCAGGCACCGAAGUCGAGGUCCGCAUUGAUGACGACGGUUUCCACGGGACCUGGUUCGAGGCCACCGUCCUCGACUUCGCGCCCGCGCGCGGCUACCGCAACCCCGCGCGCUACACAGUCAAGUACGUGCACCUCCUCGCCGACGACGAGGGCGCGCUCUCGGAGCCCUUCGCGCCGUCCCAAAUCCGCCCGCGGCCGCCGCCUCUGUCGUCCCCGCCGCGCUUCCAACUCCACGACAUCGUCGAGGCUUUCCACAACGAGGGGUGGUGGUCGGGCAUCGUCGUGUCCGCCCCCGACGCCACCGGCGCCGGGGUCACCGUCUCGUUCCCCAUCACCCGCGAGGUCAUCGAGUUCCCGUCCAGCCUCGUCCGCCCCCGCCGCGACUACGUCGCCGGUGACUGGAUUCCCUCCCGGGCCGCGAUGGUUCUCCGCCCCAACCGCGCGGUCAAGGUCUAUGAGGUCGGAGAGAAGGUCGAGGUGCUGAGGAACCGGGACGUGUACGGCAACUCCUGGUUCCCCGCCACGGUGAGGGUUGUCAUCGACGAUCUCAGCUACGUCGUCGAGUACUUCGAUCUGGAGGAGGGGAAGGGCGGAUCGGAGAAGGCCACCGAGUACCUGCAUUGGUGGUUCAUCAGGCCAGCUGUUGAGCAUUCGCCAAGCAAGCGUGAGUUCCAGCUCCGGCCUGGUGCUGCCGUGGAGGCCUACUGUGAUGGGGCAUGGUCACUUGGAGUGGUGACGAGGGUCGUCGGAGAGGAUGAAUAUGAGGUCGGUAUUAUUGGCAAGAAGACGAGACUGCUGGUGACCAAGGUUGUGGAAUUGCUCAAGCCACAGUAUAUUUGGAAUGGCAACCAAUGGAGGAUUACAACAGCUAAGGGACAAACUAAGUUGAGGCGGCCAUCUAAGUCUGGAGAAAGUCCAAGCGCACCAGUUAAUUUGAUAUCCAGUGGUGAAGAACAAAGUCAUGAUCCUGAUUCUUCUUCCACCAAAAAGUCUAGGAAAGAACUGAAGCAGCUAGACCCCACAUUAGCUAAAAAUUCUGAACAUGCUUCAGUCUCUGAGGUGGACAUUCCUUUGUUAGGUAUGUGCAAGUCACCAGAAAGCACUCAUUCACAGAAUUCUUUGCUCUCUGAAAAGAGCAGUCCUCAAGGUUCACAUGAGAUAGUGAAUUCGGUUCCAAUGAAUGGACUUCUUUGUGCUUCUUCAGGGCAUUCAGCACCAGUGAACAACCAAGAACUCCUGUCUGAAAUGGGUGUUUUCGAUGGUGAGCUUCAAGGAUCUGUAUCUGGAAGAAGUGUUGAUGCCCAUGAUAUGCUCUGCAUUGCUGAACUAAGAAAGAAAACGGCUUCAGUUCGCAGAAAUAGUGCUGUCCGACACACAGAGGAACAACUUGUUAAAUCACUCGGAGUGAAGAAAUGUAUAUCGAACAGUAAAGAGGGGAAAACAAGCCCUAUUCAAGAACUUCAGGGAAAAUUGAAGGGAAACAACAAUUUCUCUAGGAAUAUUGUUUUAGCUUUGAGUGUCUCUAGGGAUGGCCAGACUAAUUUAUCUCCAGAUAGACUGGUGUCAAUAGGAACAAAAAGGGGUUCAAGUACAAAGGUUCUUGCCUGUAAGAAAUUGGCUAAGAGGAGAAGAUCCAAGGAACUGUGCAAUCUAAAUAGUUCAUUGGAUGUGACUAGGACUGACCAGCAGAGAGGAAGAAAGGAAGCGGCAGAGCCAAUGAAAGAUCACCCCUUAGCAUUGGAGUGUUCGAAAUCUGAUGCUCAAGGGCAGCUUGACAGAACUUUGGAGGAUGCACAGAACAUAACUGAAUUAUCAAAUCAGGAGAACCUGUUACCCACGGUGUCUCCUGGCUUUAUAUCAACGUCUAAUGGGAAAGGUACUAACAUACAUGAUACUCAAUUUGAGGAAGAGCCGACAGGUAUGAACAACAGCCUUAUUGAACCUAAUGGAAAUGAUGACAUGUGCACAGACCAUGCUGCUACCAAAUUAGCUAAAAGCAACCAUGUUAUGGAAACAGCUACCCUACCUAUUGAUGGGAGUUCACAGUGCAUCAUUGACAUUUCUCCAUUGAGGAGCUGCUCUGCUUUGGAGAGAUCUUUGCCUUCACCACCGCAGGCUUCGUUCGUCAAGAGGUCACCUGUGUGGCGUGUAGUUGACGCAAAACAUGUGUUUAAGGAGUUACCUCAACAACCACAUUUCCUUCCACUCCAAAAAUACCCCCCAACACUGCGUGAAGGAAUAGCAUUAGGUAUGAUGGUGUCAUUCUCGGAAUUGGUGAAGUUUACAAUGGAAGCAAGCAUAGACGACAGCAUGGAAUGGUUCGAGGACAAGGUCAGGACAGUCUCCCUUCUGGAGGCAAAUGGAUUCAGUGUGCAAUCUAUACAGAGCGUCUUGACCGAACUGAUCGAGAUCAAAUCUGAGCGCGCCCGUAUCCAUGGAGAGAUCGGCAAGCUGAGUUCAAAGCUAGCGGAGAACACGGCUUCCUCCUCCCGAGUCGGUGCACUGCUCGAUGAAAAAGAUGGAGCCGCAGCUCAGCUCGAGCAAGAACUCGGGCGCAUCCGCCAGGAAAGCCAGAAGAUGGCACAGGAGAAGGAGAAAAUAGAUGCAGAGGGCGUGAGUAUCAAGACAGCAUGCAGCGGGUACGAGGAUUUGUGCAGCGACGCGGAACGCAAGUUCAAAGAAGUCUUGGCUCAGCUGCGGCGGAAGGGCGCCAGGUGAUGCACAAGCUUUGGGUAUCGUUUCGCUGCUUCUAACUCUGACACCUGUUUAUGCUGUAGGGCUGUAGUUUUAUCUAUGUAUCGCAGUGGGCUCAGAUCGAUGUGCUGUGGUUACUUUUGUGCAAGCCGUUCGGUAUCGUUUAUGUAUCUGUAGGUAUCCAUCUAUGGCUUAGGAAGCCUGAUGAAGUCUCGACUCUUUAUAAUUGCUACUCCUAUAUUAAUUGCCAGCUAGUUGGACCGUACUUAGUUGCUUGUAGCAUAUUUAGGGUGCGUUUGGACACUUGAAUCAGUUCUGUUUAUCAUCUAAAUCAGCUCAGGCCUUGUUC